AUGACGGAGACCGCAAACGUAUCAAGGCAGCAGCACCGCAAACCACGUCCAGAAAAGCGGCAAAAGCGGCCGCAAUUGACACAUUUCCUCUGUCUCCCUCUUGUAAACACCAAAUCUCUGCCACAGCUGGAGGCAUCGCUCGCAGCCUUCAGAACAGCACAUCUCGCUGAACCUGGGCCAGCUACUCAAUCGUCCUCCAAGGAGGGGGACACCUUCCGCUUGGGCCUUCCCAGCGCAGCCUUUCGUCCACUGGGCACAAUUCACCUUACUCUUGGAGUAAUGAGUCUCGCCAGCCAAGAACGACUCGAUCAAGCUCUUGCUUUUUUCCAAUCCCUUGAUCUGGCGGACGUAAUGAACGAGGCGGAGCGAGCCACCACUCACACACAACAGAACAGCACCCUUCAGCUGUCAUCGCCCUUGACUGUUUCCCUCGAGUCAUUACAUGCCCUACCCCAAGGCAAAUCAGCAACCAUACUACAUGCUUCCCCGGUCGAUCCUACAGGCCGCUUACUUCCAUUUUGCGUAAAGCUACGUGACAAAUUCAUCGAGGCUGGCUUUAUCCAGAAUGAGCUCGAGAGAAGGCCAGCAGGAAGACAAAAGAAUCCCCGCUUUGUCCAAGACAGCCUUCAGGCCUCCGGUUCUACUACCGUUUCUAGUGAUGCGUCUCUAAACCAACAAGAAAGCCAAAAUUCCUCUGAGCCCCCAGACGUGUCAAAAACCCCGGACCCAUCCAUACCUGUAAUAACUCGAGAACCAAAGCCGCGACCACUCCUCCUGCAUGCUACUCUUGUCAACACAAUUUACGUCAACGGACGACGGGGCCAGAACAAAGAUGCAAAUGGCAAAUAUCCUCCCAAACGCCUAACAUUCGACGCCCGCAACCUGAUCUCACAAUAUCGUAAUUACUACUCUGAUGACAAUCGAACUAUCCCACACCCAGCACCUGCUGGGUCUUCCGAGGACACCGAAAGUGACCACCGCCAUACGGAAUCGUCACCAAUCCCUGACGCCGACAUUAUUUCCUCCGAGCACAGAAGCCAUUCGGCCGCUUCCCUCCCACCGCCGCGGGGCUACCCUUUCAUUUGGGCGAAGGAAAUCCCUCUGGAUACUAUCUGCAUCUGCGAGAUGGGCGCCAAAGAAUUAUAUCCAGGUGUCAACGACGAUCAUGGUUUGAAUGAACGCCUUGGCGGGGAAUAUACGGUCGUUGCAGAACGGAGUCUAAAUCCAUGA